CGGGGUAAUUUUUUAAAGUGACUGUCCAAGAAUUGGGCAAUCUUGAAUACUAAGCAUCGGCCCGACACAGAGGAGAGUGCAGCUCUCAAAGGGAUACCUCUCCGUUAGAAAUCUGCGAAGUUGACACCAACAAGGUUCAGUUGAGUUUCAGCACUCCUAUCCACCAUGAACAACAGAGAAUUCAUUUUGGUAAAGAUUAGUCUGGUUCUAGUUCUUUUGAUUCCACCGGGGGAAUUAUCUCCCCGUCCCCUGAGUGUUGACGACGAAUUCAGUCGAGUGGACUUUGGUCCCAUAGCCCGAAACGAUUAUGACCAAGGUGACACCGGAGAUGAGACUCUAGGCGGCUCGAACACGGCCUUUGGAUUUGCCGAUCAUCAAGAAGACAGUUUCACAUCCUUUGGAGCUCCGGCUGCUUCGGUCUCCGACUAUUAUGGAGAUGACGAGGAUAAGAGAGUGGCCGGUCCGGCUUAUGGAGGGACGGCCCCCAAUAACUACGACUAUGGUAGCGAAGGCACCGAUGGCAUUGGACCUCAAGACGGUGGUCAAUACCAGGACAAUCUCCCUCAUCCAGGAGUUGAUGGUCAAGCCUACCCUAAUUAUGAGGAUGAUUAUCUUAGAGUUGGUGCACCGUCGCCGAGUGAUCCAUUUGAUUUCUAACACGUAUAGUUUAGCUUACCAAGGAAGUAUUUAGUGUACCAUUGAUUCUUCGCAAUAAAAAGCACGAGCAUUCAUACCAAGGG